ACAACCGGACCGAGAUCCACUUUUUGAAGUGGUCUUGGUAUGCUUCCAAACGGACUCUGGUGCGCUUCGCUUCUGAUGUGAAUACAAAUCGGCCCCGAUCUCCCAACUACAGAAACAAUACGUCGCUUUGGACUUAAACCACCGUAGCCAUUGUACUGAAAUUAUACCUGAUCAGCUGUAUUUUGCUCAGCAACGCUGCUACUGGCAUUUUGUGGGAGAGGGACAGAGCACGUUGUCUCCUUCGGAUUGCAGCACUCAUUUGCUGACGCCAUUCAAAAAUUAGAAAUAGAACGAAAACUGCAUUGAAUGACCUGCUCUUGACACUCACAAUGAUUUUGCAGCUGUAAUAACUGCGAAAUUAAUUUCAUCAUAGUUCCUCCAUUUCCGGUUUUCGCUCUCUCCAGCCCUAGUCAUUUCUGUCAGAUGGUAGAAACAAUCGUCACAGGCGUGACUUUAUUUACAAGUUAUGGUUCACUUGCAACAAACACAAUGUGAAAGGAAACCGUACCAAACAAAAAAAUAAAGUCCGCUUUCGGUCCGGACCAAACAAGCAGGCCAAAGGACUUUCCUGGUGUGAAUACACCCUUAAUCUGUGUAAUGAAUUACUUCACAUAUGCCAUCAGGAAACUAAAUGGGUUCUUAUAACCCACCAUUGUACCAACAUCUAAGUGUUUCAAGAGAUUAAACUAUUACUCAAACAAAGAGAUUAAACUGUGCCUCCAAGCUGUUUUGCAAUAUUUAAAGAGACCUCUAGUGUGCAGGAUUGUGGUGACUGGUGGCUGGUGCUAAAAUACAUUAUGUAAGAAAUUUAGAGUUCAGGUUGGGGAUCAUUUUCAUGCAAAGUUCAUGUAGAAGGGUCUUAGAAGCUGUGGGACAUGGCACUGAGAGAAGGAGGCUACCAGAGGAAAAGGACCUGGUAGAAAAGGCCGUGGUUUACCUUGAUGUUGCUCAUGUAACAUGGAGGUCUCAGGGAGGACACCUGCAAAGCAGCAGCAGGAGGACCAGCAGCUGCAACUUAAGACCACCUGGACUCUGGUGGACACCAUGAACUAUGUAGGGCAGCUGGCAGGCCAGGUACUGGUGACGGUGAAGGAGCUGUACAAAGGAAUUAAUCAGGCCACCCUGUCAGGCUGCAUUGAUGUGAUCGUGGUCCGACAGCCUGACGGGACGUUCCAGUGCUCUCCUUUCCACGUCCGCUUUGGAAAACUAGGAGUCCUGCGCUCCAGGGAGAAAGUGAUUGACAUCGAGAUCAAUGGAGAACCCGUGGAGCUGCACAUGAAGCUCGGAGACAACGGAGAGGCCUUUUUUGUGCAAGAGGCAGAGCAGAACAGCGAGAUAAUUCCUGCCCACUUGGUGACAUCGCCCAUCCCCACUGAAGAGGUUCUGAUCAGAAAUAGAGAGGCCAGAUGUGUGGGGUCAGCAGAGACCUGUCAGCCCCUUGUUUCAGAGCCGGACUCCGCAAACCAUCAACUUUGCACAAGCUCAUCUGGCAGGAAGAAGAGGCGACGCAGGAGGAAGCACAAAAUCGAGCCACGCAAGGAGGAGCAGACAUGUGCAGGAGGAGAGCCGGAGCUGUGUGAGUGCAGCUCAGAUGAGGAGCAGCAUGCAAACAAUGGAAGAGCAUCAUCCCUGUCAACAAUGAAGGACAACAUGGACCAGAAGCACUCCCCUCUCACCGCCCUGGAAUGGGACAGCUACCCUUUCUCUGAUGGGGAUUGGUCUCCCUGCCCCUUCAAUCUGUGUGAGCCCACGUCACCCAAAAGUGACUCUGAGCUGAUGGUGAAGCCAACAGAGAGCAUGUUCAGGUCCGAGUCCCACAUGCAGUGGAGCUGGGGGGAGCUUCCUGAAUCAACAAGGGUCAACAAAAAGUCUGAGACAAAGACGCUGAGCAUCACCCCGUCAGAAAGCACACAUUUCAGGGUUAUUCUGAGCUCAGAGGCCAUGGAAGAAGAACCGAUCGUAAAGCAGAGCUCAACGGAGCCUGUUUUUAAUAUUGUGAAGCCAGAACCUCUGACCUUUAAACAUCGUCAGUGCAGCUGCAGCCCAGAGCUCCCUGAACCACAUAGUGCAAACAAUUCUAAACCUAAGAAAAAAUUUUCAGAUAUAAAGUCGAGCAGCUUUUCCUCUGAAUCGAGUCCUACAAUCUCAGAAUCCAUCUCAAAAGACGUACAGAAGCCAAGGUGGACAUCUUCACCUCCUAGUCGCAGGAACAGCGAAUCUGCUCCUAGUACAGCAAGCAAAGAAGCUGGCGAUCCUCUGACUGUUAGUCCUGAUGCAAAGGCCUCAUCUAAGACCACAGACUCACCUGUCAAAAGGAAAGUUGUGAGGAAGAGGAGCCAACACCAGGGGCCUGAAGAUAUUUAUCUGGAAGACCUGAAUGCUCUUGAGCCUGACGUUGCUGCUCGGUACUUCCCAAAAAGUGAGAGCGAGCAAGUACCAAAGCACUGGGUGGAGACAGGACACCGUUCUGGAUCCCAGUCCCCCCAGUCAGUGGGAAGCGCAGCAGCAGACAGUGGAACAGAGUGUCUGUCUGACUCUCCGAGUGACCUGCCUGACGUCAAGCUGUCGCUGUGUGGAGGGGUGGGCGAGAACUCAGAGAUCUCAAAAGAAAAAUUCAUGGAGCACAUGAUCACCUACAAUGACUUUGCAGACAAUGCGGCAAUUAUCGACAAUCCAAACUUGGUGGUCAGAAUUGGAAACCGAUAUUACAACUGGACUCUGGCAGCACCUUUGAUUCUUAGCAUGCAGGCUUUCCAGAAAAAUUUGCCGAAGAAUACAGAAGAGGCAUGGGUGAAAGAGAAAAUGCCAAAAAAGUCUGGACGCUGGUGGUUCUGGAGGAAAAGCAGCACAAAGCAGUUAUCAACUGAAAGCAAAUUGGAGAGACAGGAGUCUGUGAGAGGAGAGAGCCCUGCUCUCCACCAGGCCCCAGACACCCAGCACAAAGCUUCAGAGUGGUCCAGUGAUGAAGAGACCAAAGAGCUGAAUGUCGCAGCACCUGCUCUGAAGCCAACUGAGCGUGUGCAGACAGAAGGCACGGCCGCGUGUCAUUCUUACAGGAAAUCCCUCCGCCUGUCAUCAGAUCAGAUCGCCAGCCUGAAGCUGAGAGACGGACCCAAUGACGUCACGUUCAGCAUAACCACUCAGUACCAGGGCACGUGCCGCUGCGAGGGCACCAUCUAUCUGUGGAACUGGGACGACAAGGUCAUCAUCUCUGAUAUUGACGGUACCAUCACCAAAUCAGAUGUUUUUGGUCAGAUUCUGCCUCAGCUCGGUAAAGACUGGACUCAUCGAGGAAUCGCGAAGCUUUAUAACUCGGUGCAUGAGAACGGCUACAAGUUCCUGUACUGCUCGGCCCGAGCCAUCGGCAUGGCUGACAUGACCCGUGGAUAUCUGCACUGGGUGAACGACAGCGGCACUCUUCUUCCUCAGGGACCUCUCAUGCUUUCGCCAAGCAGCCUGUUCUCUGCCUUCCACAGAGAGGUCAUUGAGAAAAAGCCUGAGAAAUUCAAGAUCGAAUGCCUCACAGACAUCAAAAACAUGUUCCACCUAAACACUCAACCUUUCUAUGCUGCCUUUGGAAACAGGGAGAGCGAUGUGUUUGCCUACAAACAAGUGGGUGUCCCCGCGUGUCGGAUAUUCACAGUGAAUCCUAAAGGGGAGUUGAUCCUUGAGCAAUCCAAAGGCAAUAAAACAUCCUACAGCAGGCUGAGUGAGCUGGUGGAGCAUGUUUUCCCGUUGCGAAGCACUCAGCAAUGCGCCACCUUCAGCUGUCCGGACUUCAGCUCCUUCUGUUACUGGAGGCAGCCAAUCCAAGAGGUGUGCUACGAGGAGCUGCUCUAACUUCAAAGAUGCACAGAUUUAAAUCCUAAAUCUACAGGCUGCUAAAUCCUACAUAUUUUCUGAUGUAGGAGGAAUAUCACAAAUAUAUUCCUUGAUUAUUGAAGCAUGCAAUAGCAUCUGCAUUCUGCUGUAUUUAAAGCUUAAACAACACGGAAGAUAUUUGUGCACUUAAC